GCCAAGAAAGGUACCUUUUUUCUGAAACCGAGUUUCACAUGUCAUGUUUUCAUAUAUUUUUUCAGGACACAGAGUUUCCUGGAGUUGUAGUGAGGCCGAUUGGCGAGUUCCGUAGCUCUGUGGACUACCAGUACCAACUGUUACGCUGCAAUGUGGAUCUUUUGAAGAUAAUCCAGCUAGGCAUGACUUUUACAAAUGAGAAGGGGGAAUAUCCACCAGGAACAGCAACAUGGCAGUUUAACUUCAAAUUCAACCUCACUGGCUACGAUUUUGGUUAUAUGGUGAAGCUACUGACUGACUCCCCAUUACCUGAGGAAGAGCAAGACUUUUUUCAAAUUCUGAAUCUAUUUUUUCCGACCAUUUAUGACGUCAAAUACCUCAUGAAGAGCUGCAAAAACCUCAAGGGAGGACUUCAGGAAGUAGCUGAUCAGCUGGAAUUGCAACGAAUUGGAAGGCAGCAUCAAGCUGGCUCAGACUCUCUACUUACUGGGAUGGCUUUCUUCAGAAUGAAAGAGCUUUUUUUUGAGGACCAUAUUGAUGAUGCAAAGUACUGUGGACGUCUGUACGGACUUGGACCAGGUUCUGUUUUGAAGCAGAAUGACAGUUAUUCAUCUCAGGAGGAAGGUGCCAUCCCUUUUUCCACCAGUACGACGCAGCACUGCCAGCUGUCGAAUGGGGUUUGACAGACAUUUUGUUUUAAAAUGAGAGAGAGAGAAAAAAGCACUGGACUUAAACCAUCCCACAGGGACCAGGAGUCUGGCUCACCACAGAAACAAAGCGUUCAAUCUUUUCAAUAUUUGGUGCUGGGCACAGAUUUCUUUGCCCUUGUGUAUGUGCAAGGUCUUUUCUGUUUUUUGUUGUUUUAAACAAGAGACUCUUUUGGCAGAUUCUUAUGUGAACGUACAUCAACUCUGCUGAGUUGCUUAUAGUGCGAUAUUUGAAGAAACAGCAACUGCCUCUUAAUAAAACUUGUUCCUGACCUACCCAUUUUAAACCCUUUGAUUCGGCAGACAGAUGCAUUUUGAUGGCAACAGAUUGAUGUUCCAUUACAUGAACUGCCUUAUUUGUAGUGCAUCAUGUGCAAUUGUAGAACCCAUUUUUCUUGUAUGUAGUUGGGGGGUGGGGAUGGAAAACCUAUUUCAGGCAAAGGGCAUAUUUGGAUACAAGUAUGUGAUAAAUGCAGUCAGUGCAGGAUUAGUAAGAAUACUGGUAGGUGAUGAAAUGAUCACUUGAGUUGGGCUAAAACCAGGAUAUAUGGAUUCAGCUUGGUCAGCAUCAUCUUCGUUUGUGGCUCCUUUUUCUCAGGAGUUUUUUUUUUUUUUUUUUUUUUUGCAUGUUCUGCAGAUUGUCUGGACAGAAGUGUAACAUUUGAGGAGACCAAUUCCUCUCAGUAAGUUUAAGCUAAGAUUGCAGCAGUGUUAAAAACAAAAAUUGUUCAUAUGUACCAGCAGCAUAUCAUUGGUUAUCUAUAGUGUUAGACAGUUAAAUUUACCCCGUUGUGAUGGUGUAGUGAAAUCUGGUAGUUUACCUUUUUUAACAGUUUGUAAGAACUUUGUAAAAGAGAAGUCUGCAGAAACAGCUGCAUUUGAGGUUGAUUUCCGAUUGUUGAUUGACAGUAUGGUAGAUAUCGCCAACUGCUUUGAGAAAAAAGAACAUUUGGUUGGAUAACAUCAUAUUUCAUUUUUUUUAAUCUGGCCACUUCAUCAGCCAGAUAUACAAUUACUUUCAUGGUGCUCUUAUCUCCAUGUUGGCUGCAGAAAACAAAGCAUAUAUUUUUCAGAAUGGUGUAGCAGUGGGCAUGGUAUUUUCCUAUGCUAAUUGAUGAAUUUCAUUUUUUUUUUCCUAGCAUGGUGAAUACGGAAUGCAACAGAAAAGUUAAGAGACUGCAUUUGAUGUUAUUGGUUUGAGUGGUUCAUGUCAACAGGAGGCAAUCUUGAGUCAUGCCCUUAAGUAGCAAUUUGCUUCAUGCUGGGUGUAGAAAACCCAGAUGACCUUCUGCACAAAAAAGGGGGUAAGUAAUUCAGCAGCUCUUGAAAUAAUCUAAUUCCAGGCAGAAAAUCCAUUGAGCAAUUGGUCUGUCUGGAUGGAUUAAUUUCUGAAAUGUGUAGUUUUUGCUUUGGAAACAGGCAGGCAGAAAUGUGUAAAUACCAAAUUGCUAAGAGGGUGGGUCAGGUAAAUGACAGUUUUUGUCCUAUUUUUUAAUAUGGCAGGUUUGUAUCAUCCAGAUGAUUGCUUCUUGAAAAGGUCCAAUUUUCUGACUGGUUCAUUAAAGCACACAAUAAUUACAUUUUAAACCAUUUUAGUAAGAGCAGCUUUGUUUUCAAAGUUUUUUGCUUUUUUGGCAUGUUCCCCUUUCUGAUGCAUAUAAUUUGUUGUAAUUUCAAUCUAUUUCAUUUAUUUUACAUUGCAUUUAAGGGGUGUGUGGUAGGGGAGUAGAUUAGAGUUAGGAAUAUUUAGUUCAGACUCUUCACACCUCUACCACUGUCCAGCAUAACACCUCUAGACAUGUUGUAGCAUCUGUUCUCUGUACCUUUCUAAACCUCAGAGAGUGGCAGGCAGAUCUCUCAAGUUGUCCAGUACAAUUUAAAUCAGGGAAUCUAGAAAAGCGACCUUCAGUGUCUGGAAUUCGCCUUCAUUAUUUUUCCAUUGCAUUAUUUUAUUUUAUUUUUUUAAGUCAACAGAAGAACUAAUGUUCUUUUUUAACUUUCAACUUUGAUUAAUUGUGUAAAUAGUGUUUUUAUAUAAAAAGGAAAGAAAAACUGGCUAAAUCUUGUUUUAUGGGUAACUGAAGCAUUCUGUUUUCAGACAUAGGCUGGUAACAUUCACUCUGUAAAUAACUGCCCGGCUCUUGAAAUGAAGGGUUGAAGCUUUGUAUUUUUUUAAUUUCUGUGUUCUCUUCUUGUGAAAACAUGAACUUCUGCCAUCAAGCUUUGUAUAUAGUUUGAGAGAAAUUGAACACUUUAAGAAAACAAAAAUGGUUGGAAGAAUGAUGACGGCGAAAAUUUUCUAGUCUGAAAAUUGGACUUGUAGUGAUGUCAUCUUUACUUGUUUUUAAAAAGUACUUGUAAUAUGCAUUUGUUCUUUUAAUGCUGUAAAUUAAAAUUUGUACACAUA